CUGCAUGUGGAACAAAACCCGACAGUCUCGCGUCGCUGCUGGCCAGUGCUGGAGCUCUGAGAAAAACAUCAGCUCAGGAGAGACAGGAUAAAACUGUAAGAACUGCUGAGGGGUUUGGAGAAGGCAUCUGAUGCUGGCUGCCAUUGAGCACAGGACCUUGGGUUGAACAGGCUGGAUCUGGACUAGCAAUUCCCAAAGGUCUUAAUGGCUUUGCUGCUUUGCAGAAGUAGGGCCUCACAAGGUGUCCGGAGCUGCCUGCUUCUGGGCUUCACCCGGGCUCGCGCGGCGGCCGCUUCCAGGCGAGCCAAGCUGCCCGCUCGGGGGGCAAAGCUGCAGCCGGGGGAGAGGACACCAGAGUCCAGCUGCGGCACGGAGAGGGAUUUGUCAAGGGUGGAGCAGAGCGCGCUUUGCAACGCUCCUGGUUACCUUAGUUGAAAAACAAGGGGACUUGGAGCAUCCAAGUGGCCCUAAGACAUAAAUGCCACCCAAUGCGUUUAUAAGGGGUUGAUCAGUGGGGCUGAUAACUCCCGGGGAGUCAGUGCUGCUCAAAGUGACAAAACCUGCCUGUUUAGCCUUCCCUUUGGGUCUGCGAGGGGUUUUUCACUGAUUACCGGGGGGCUGGGCCCUUCGUUGGACGGGGCGGUGGGUACGGAUGCUCUCCCGAGUCCCGGUCAGCGGCACUGGUUUUCCCUACCGCCUGGCCAAGGGGAGCGGGAGCUGCCCGGGUUGUCGAUGCCUCUCACGCUGCCCCUUCGUGGGUCCUGCCCGCAUCCCGCUCGCAGCGCAGGGGCCGCGGAGGCGCCGGGUCGAGGUGCCUCGCAGGAGCAGCCCGCGUCCGCUGGCAGGAGGUGAAUGGAGGCUGCCCUUCCUCACCCGGGUCCUUACCAGAACGGCGGGCCGAGUUCCAGCUCGGAAAAUCAUCCCGUCCUCACAAACAGUGAUUCACGCUGCCUGGACGAGGGGCCAGGCUGUCGAGAACGAGGUACUUUGCUCUCGAGUCGGCUGCCCUCUUCCCGGAGGGGAUGCGUCCCGGUCCUGGCACGGAUUGCUCAGGCUCUCGCCCCCGUUUCCCCGUCUUCCUCUGCAGGGUCGUUUGCUCUGUCGUGGCUGUUUGUUGCUCUCUGGCCCGGGUUUGUCCCUUCCUUGCUUUCCCAGGGGUUUGUCCGGUGCUGGCAGAGCUCGGAUGAGCCGCGGCCUCGGAGACCUUGCUGCAGCCCUGCUUUGAGCCUCCGUUUCUGCCCGUCCUGGGGCGCUGGCCCAGGCUGCCUUCCCGGCACCGGCGCCUGCACAGGGAGGUGCAGGGACCCAGCUGGCCCCAGUUCCCGGCACCGCUGCUGGUGCUCCAGGAAGGAGCUGUCUGGGGGGAAAGGCAGCGCUCAGGGCCGGCUCCCCUUUCUGCCGGGGAUGGAGCAUCCCGGGCUGCUCCGUCCCUUCCAGAGCCUCCUUGUCCCCCAGCCCUGCUAGGGGCAUCGCUACGGCACGGCCAGCCGCAGCCCGGGCUGCUCCGAGCGGAGCCAGCGUGCGACUGCGGGAAUAGGGGGUUUGUACGGGCACGUAGGCCUGGGGACAAAAGCCACUGACGGUGACAAGCGCCCGUAACCCGUUUGCACCCCGGCUGGCUGCAAGGGGACGCGUGAAGCUGGCGGGGCCGUAGGGAGCACUCCGGGGUUUCCGGGUCCUGCACCACGAGGAGCUGGGACCAGGGCGAAGCCUUCGCCCUCCAGCGCGUGCCCCAGGCCUUGGCAGCCCCCCAGCAGGCACGGGGAGGGGGGGACAGGGGUGGUGUGCGGUGCUGAGGGGCUGUUUCCCCCCAGGAACACACAGCUCUCUGGGAAGGGGAGAGGGCAGAGGUAAAAAUAACCCCUGGGCUGGCUCCAGUCGCUUGCGGCUUCCUGCAAUUUACUGCCCUUCCCGGAGGAAGAGGAGGCAGGAACCUGCCUGGCCCGGAGCUCGCUUUGACCCUUUCACCGCCGACGGGGAAGGCGCUGGAAGGACCUUUCUUUGCUCCUUUUCCCUCCCCAGCCGCUGGUUUGGGGUCUGGCCGAGGAAGCGAGGGUGCCUGUGACGUCCCGGGGCCGGCGAGGUGCGGGGGGGCUGCGCAGGAUCCCUGGGGAAGGGGACCCGCCGCGGGCCGGGGCCCUCCCUCCCCUCCGGGCAGAGGGGUCAGCGCUGGCGGGCGCGCGGCACGGCGCGGGUUAAUGACGGGGCCGGGGUGGAAGGGGUUAACAGGGUGGCUCUUCCUCGCCGUGUUUAUGAGGCUCCUGCUGGCUCUGGGCUCAGUUUGCUGCUGGCGGCCGGAGGGACGGGAACAGGGACGGACAGAGCGCGGCAGGCUGGGAGCAUCCCUGCGUGGUCCCGGCAGCCGAGCUCGGAGCUCCUCCGCGGCACCCGGAGCCGGCCCGUGGGCCAUGGUGCCCCUCGGCAGCCCCCCGCCGCCGCCGGCCCCCGGACGCCGCUUCUCGGCCCCGGGGCUGCUGCACCGGGGCCCCGGCUACCUGCGGGAGCAGCUGCGGGGCGGCAGCGGGGCCCGGGCACCCAGCGCGGCCGAGCGCCUCGAGGCCGACAAGGCCAAGUACGUCAAAUCCCAGCAGGUCAUCAACAGCCGGCAGGAGCCGGCGCUGCUGGGCUGCUCGCCCCGGCUCUCCCCGCGCGGCCGCCGCCGCCUCGCCCUGCAGCAGCGUCACGAGCUGUGCCAGGGCUCGGAGCUCAGCCGCGACGGCUCCAGGAAGCUGCCGUGCCCCCAGUCGCCCGUGUCGCGCAGGGGGGGCGGCCGGCGCCUGCUGAGACCCGACUCGCUCAUCAUUUACCGGCAGAAGCGGGACUGCCCGGCGGCGAACAAGGAGAACGCCAAGGGCUCGGGGCUGGUGAGGCGCCUCUUCCAGGGGCCGCUCAGGGACAAGCCCCCCAGCUCGCCCGCGGCCCCCCUGCGCCCCAGCACCCCCAUGCUGUGGGUGCCCGAGGAGGAAGAGGAGGCGAGGAAGCAGGGCGCGAGCAGCAGCAUCUUCCCGCAGCCGCCGCCGGGCUCCCCCGGCCCCGCCAAGCAGGCGCUGGGGCUCCGCGUCUCCCUGCCGCUCUCGGAGAAGGAGCGUUUCUUCAACUACUGCGGCCUCGACCGGGCGCUGGUGGAGCUGCUGGGGCGCGAGCGCUUCGGGCCGGCGGGCUGGGACGCCGAUGCCGCCCGGCCGCCGGGCUCGUGCGAGUCGGAGCCCAGCCGGGCGUCGCGGGGCAGCGGGGAGGACGCGGAGCCGGGCGAGGAGGAGCCGGGCGCCAGGCUCUGCGCCGCCGUCUCCGUGGUGGAGCGCAACGCCCGCGUGAUCAAGUGGCUCUACGGCUGCCAGCGAGCCUGGGCGGCAGCCAAGGAGUCCACGGUCUGAGGAGCCCGGUGAAGACGCGCCGGCUGGAUACGGCCCGUGGCACCGGCUGCUCCCCUGGACCGUGCACUGCGGGGUGGCUGCUGCUGCGGCUGGGAGAGACACCAGGUCUACCCGCAGGGAAACUGAGGCACUGCAGCUGGACCCUGCAUGCCGGGGAAGAGCGGGCAGAUGGUUUCAUGCCCUUGGAGACUGGUCUGAGCCCGGAAAGGACUGCGUUUUGGGGUGUGGAUGCUCAGAUGAGCGUGACGGGGGUGUCCAAAGGAGGAAAGGGCUGUGAGAUCCCCCCGUGGGUGACUCCAGCGGGCUGGAACCCCUCUGCCAGGUCCUCUGGCCCCUGUUGGGUGCUGCCCAGCUCCUGCGCAGGGUGCUGGGAGAGGGCAGCGCCCCGUCAGCUGCAUGGCUGCUCCGUUGCGGAGCCAGGCGCGGUCCGGGGUGGUGGGCAGAGCCUGAGCCCCCACCACAGGCAGCGCCCGGCUGGUCCCCUUCCCGCCAGGCUCAGCGGAUCCGAGGGGAAAGGGCUGCGCGGGAUCAGGGCGGCGUCAAUAAACCUGCCUGCGUUUGCA